CAAAGUGAAAGCCCGUAAUUUUCUUGUAGAAUUAUUGCAAAUUGCGAUAAAGAAAGAAAAGGGGAAAAAAAAAACAAAAGGAAAGAAGAAGAAGAAAGAGAGAAAGAAGAGCGAAAGGAAGUUCCAUUAGAACAACAAUUUGCAAUCUUUUGAUUUCGCGGCUCUCGCGAAGCCUCUCUCUCUGUGUGCAAAUAACAGAGUGUAAAGGAGGAAGAGAUCUAUGGUGUUAUUGCUCAGAAGAAAUCUAUUCCUCCUAAUGUUCUUUUGAAUCGCAUUCUUGGAUUUGAUAUUUGAGGCUGCUGUUGGGAUUGGUGAAGACGAACUUUGGUCGUGGAUUUGAAGUUGCUGGUUGGAUUAUUUCCUACAAAAAUGAGGGAAAUCUGAAGAUGAGAUGGUUGAGUUGGUCUUAAAUUGUGGUUUAGUUUGGCAAUCCAGUGUGUGCAAAGUGGGUGAAAAGUGAAAAAGAUUGAUAGAACGAAAUGUCUGAUGUGGCGAGCAUAGCAGAGGCAGUGGCAGCAAGAUUUAGUUCUUUGGAGCUUAUUGGAAGAGGAUCUUUUGGUGAUGUCUACAAGGGGUUUGACAAGGAGCUUAACAAAGAAGUUGCUAUCAAAGUUAUUGAUUUGGAAGAAUCUGAGGAUGAAAUUGAAGAUAUUCAAAAGGAAAUUUCUGUUUUGUCACAAUGUCGAUCACCCUACAUUACUGAGUACUAUGGUUCUUAUCUCCACCAGACGAAAUUAUGGAUAAUAAUGGAAUAUAUGGCUGGUGGCUCUGUUGCAGAUCUGCUUCAGUCUGGGCCGCCACUUGAUGAAAUGUCAAUUGCAUGCAUUCUACGGGAUUUGCUGCAUGCAAUUGAUUAUUUGCACACUGAAGGAAAAAUUCACAGGGACAUUAAAGCGGCAAACAUUUUACUGAGUGAAAAUGGUGAUGUUAAGGUUGCAGAUUUUGGUGUAUCUGCUCAAUUAACAAGGACAAUAUCAAGGAGAAAGACAUUUGUAGGAACUCCAUUUUGGAUGGCGCCAGAGGUAAUUCAGAAUUCUGAAGGAUACAAUGAGAAGGCAGAUAUCUGGUCUCUAGGAAUCACUGCUAUUGAAAUGGCAAAAGGGGAGCCUCCACUUGCCGAUCUUCAUCCCAUGAGAGUUCUUUUUAUCAUACCUCGAGAAAAUCCACCUCAGUUGGAUGAACAUUUUUCUCGCCCUAUGAAAGAAUUAGUGUCACUGUGUCUGAAGAAAAUACCUGCUGAGAGACCCAGUGCGAAAGAGCUUCUGAAGCACCGAUUCAUUAAGAAUGCCAGGAAGAGUCCUAGGCUUCUGGAGAGAAUAAGAGAACGUCCGAAGUACCAAAUAAAGGAAGAAGAUGCAGCAACAAAUGGCCCUAGAGCUAUAGGUGAAACAUCAGACACUGUGAAAGUUUCAAGAAAUGUUAGAGAAGAAACUGUUCGUGCCAGCAACCAGAGUAAAACUCCAAAGAAUGCUGGAUGGGACUUUAGUAUUGGGGGACCACAUAGUACAGGUACUGUUCGAAGUGUAGUAAAACCACCUCAAAUUAGGGAAAGAAAACCAGAAAUUCCUUAUGGUCAGGCUGCACCUAGUAGAGUUGCAGAGAGUGGUAACUGGCUAGCUGCGUCAGGAUAUGCACCACGCGAUGUAUCAGAAAACACUAGAGAUUCAUACAGUACUGGAGAUGCUAGUGAUGAUGAAGAGUUAUCUGUAAGUGGUUCAGGAACCGUUGUGAUCCGGUCUCCAAGGCGAUCUCAAGCAUCUACUCAAUUUCAUAAUGAAAGCAGUCCGUCUGGAAGUGCGCAAGCAUAUAUCGAGGACACAUCUUUUAGUGGUACUGUUGUUAUGCGUGGUCAACGUGAUGAUUCUGAUUCUCCUCAGACUCCAAAAUCCAGAUUGGGAAUUCAAGAAAGGACUUCAAGUUUUUCUCCUGAAGAUAGUGCAUCAAAUCUUGCGGAGGCAAAAGCUGCGAUUCAAGCAGGAUUGAAGAAAGCUAAUGCAAGGGAUAGAUCAGCUAAUAAACUCAACGACAGGAAGGAAAAUAGAAGAACAGAGCAAACAGUGAGUAGCUCUGACUCUUCAAGGCAUUCUCGUGAAUUCUUUGAUGCGCCAAGAGCGUUGAAACCAUCUCUAUCAAUUGAUGAGGAAGAAAGUGCAAAAAUAGCAUCGUCUUCUGCACCAUUAUCAGUUUUGUUUAUGUCAUCCUUGAAAGAGGUAGUUGCAGAUGAUUCGGAAGGAUCGCCUGCUCGUAAUGUAAUUAAUGCACUUAUAAACCUGGAACAUGUAAAGCCUGGAUCAUGUGAGGUUCUUGUUACCAAGUUGCUUCAGAAAUUGGCCAGCAGUUCCAAGGAAUCUUCACUGAAGGAUUUACAAGACUUGGCAACUCGCUUAUUCACUAAGGCAAAGACAGUUCCUGAAGAUGCACAAAAUGUCACAGAUUCUGAUAGCAGCAAAAAGCAACCGAACAGGGAACUUCAUUCAAAUUCUAAUUUGAGCUCGCUUGCUAGAUUUUUACUCUCCAGAUGGCAAGGUCAGGUGUCGAGGGAUCUGAGUCCAGCUUAAAAGGGAGAAAAAUUGUGUAUUUGUUUGAUAUUUUUUAUUCUUGACAGUGCAUUAUUUGAGUUGAUGUACAUACGUCGUUGUAAGAAAUGGUGUAUUAAUUAUUAAUUGUGAUUUUUCCUUAUGAAAUUUUUGUUUUGCUAUUCAUUGCAUUGACAUUUGUAUUAUUAUUAAAACCUGAGAUUGAUGAAUAAUUGCUAUUGAAAUGCUGUGAAUAGUGGAGAGUUUGAAUUUUGAACA